AUGGCUCCGAGCGUGCUCUUGGGCUUGCCUGGCCCAUGGGCCAAGGACGAUCGACUGGCCCCCUUGGGCGGAUCACCCGCCACCGCAUCUGCUGCACUGCGCGCUCUGCCAUGGGCCACUCUCCCUCGUGCUGCAGGUGGGUGCCAGUGCGCCCUAUGCAGAUUAUCGUUCUGCCUCUGCUCCCUAUCCCCCUUCUCCGCCCCUCCCUCUCCACUCUCCUCCCCCCUUCCUCCCCUCCUCCUCUACGCAUUUGGCUUCCACUCACCCCACGCACUCGUCUGGUUCCUCGACUUCUUUUUGUCUUGCCAUGCCUAUGCCCCGCUCUCCCUUCCCGCAGCAGCAGACAGUGCAGCAGCAGGGGUGACACGUGGCAGCCUGCAAGUGGAGGAGCGGGUGCUGUACAUGUUUGCAUGCGCCAAUGGGGGAAGAGAGGGGGAGAAGGAAGAAAGCGGGGGAACGGGGGGGGAUGCUGCCUCCGCCCUCCCCCCAUUUGGGGACCUCUCCUCUGUGUUUGGGGACGUGGUGGUGGGGGGAAGCGCGGGCGCAGGGCCGGAUGGGGAGGUGGGGGAGGUGGCGGAGGAACUGGGGGGGAUGGAGCUGGGGGAGGAAGGCGGAGAGCGAGGGGGGCAAGGGGAUGGGCAGGAGGAAAGGGGCGAGACGGGGAAGGAAGAAGUGCAAGGUGGGGUGACGGGGCAGGGAGAAGCGGUGGAGAUGUGUGGAGUGGGGAGAGGGGAGGCAGAGGGAGGAGGGGGAAGGAGAGGGCCAUGUGCUGCUCAGGCUCAAGGGAGCAUGGUGGGGGGAAGCAUGGUGGGGGGAAGCAUGGUGGGGGGAAGCAUGGUGGGGGGAAGCAUGGUGGGGGGAAGCAUGGUGGGGGGAAGCAUGGUGGGGGGAAGCAUGGUGGGGGGAAGCAUGGUGGGGGGAAGCAUGGUGGGGGGAAGCAUGGUGGGGGGAAGCAUGCCUUCCCUGGUGAGCCCGCUCUCUUGUCCCUCCUUUGCUCUCGCACUCCCCGGACUUCCAUCUGCCCCCAUCCUCCCGUCCUGUGCCCUCUGGCUCUGCUCCCUGUGCUCUGCUGGCAUGCUUCAUCGUUUCCCCCCCCCUUGCCCUGGUUGCUGCAGGUGGCGGAUCAUCCGCCUGCAGCAGCUUCCCUCCCAGCAACCGCCGCCACCACCAGAACAAACGGCACGAGCAGCAGCAGCAGCAGCAGCAGCACCAGCAGCAGUGGCAGCGUCAUCAUGGGGGGAUGCAAGUUCGUGGGAUGCAUGCAGCACAGCAACAGCAGACAGCUGGGGGCUCACACCCCCACCCUCAGAUGCUUCAGGUGCCCCUUCAGGUGUCACUUCCACAUCAGGUUCGGAGUGGGGUGUAGCAGCAGGAGGAGAGUGGGGCACUGGCACCGGAGCAUGUGACAGUAACGAGUUGGGGUCCCAAGUGGUAACCCCCCCGCUUGCAUCUCUUGAUGCUCUCUCCGCGUCCCUCAGUGCUGCCGCUGCCAAGGCUGCUGCUGGCACUGCUGGGGAGUCCAAUGCAGCGGGGAAGAAGGAUAAGAAGGCAGCUGUAGGCAGGGAAGCAUCGGCAGGAGGAGCAGCAGGAGCACAGGUGGCAUGCUCAAAUCUGGGUGCUCUGCGGGUGCUCCCGUGCUUCUACGUGUUUUCGGAGGAAGAGGAGGCGACAGGCAGAGGCAGAAGCAGGGCAGCAGCAUCAGCGGCAGCGGUGCCUGGCUCAAGAGAUGGGGCGGAUGGGGUGGCAGCGAUGCAGGUGGAGGAGGGUGUGGGGGAGGGCGAGAAGUGGGAGGGCGAGGGGUAUGAGUACGACCAGGCGCGCACCGUGGGGCGCCCGUACCUGCGCUUCAAGAAGCGCCUCGACAAGCAGCCCCACCAGUGUGUCAGGUACCGAUUCAACGGCCACCCCAUCUGGCCCUGCGCCCCCCCGCCCCUCCUCCCAGACGCAUCCCAGGCCUGCCCUCUCUGCCACGCCCCCCGCGUGUUUGAACUGCAGCUCAUGCCGCCGCUGCUCUUCUUCCUGCUAGAGGCUCUCAGGGAGCGGCAGGAAGGGGGAGGUGAAGGGGGAGCGCGGGGUUACGGGGGAAGGAGGGAGGUGGGGUAUGGGGAGGUGGCGGAGUGGGAGUGGAUGACUGUUGCUGGCUUCACUUGCUCGCAGGUGCGUGUGGUGGCACGGGAGUGGUGGCGUGGGAGUGCUGGUGUGGGAGUGGUGGAGUUUGAAUGGAAUGAGGAUGGUUGA